AUGGAGCAAGCUGAUGUAGAGAAUGAGGAGAAAGAGCAAGCUGAUGUAGAGAAUGAGGAGAAAGAGCAAGCUGAUGUAGAGAAUGAGGAGAAAGAGCAAGCUGAUGUAGAGAAUGAGGAGAAAGAGCAAGCUGAUGUAGAGAAUGAGGAGAAAGAGCAAGCUGAUGUAGAGAAUGAGGAGAAAGAGCAAGCUGAUGUAGAGAAUGAGGAGAAAGAGCAAGCUGAUGUAGAGAAUGAGGAGAAAGAGCAAGCUGAUGUAGAGAAUGAGGAGAAAGAGCAAGCUGAUGUAGAGAAUGAGGAGAAAGAGCAAGCUGAUGUAGAGAAUGAGGAGAAAGAGCAAGCUGAUGUAGAGAAUGAGGAGAAAGAGCAAGCUGAUGUAGAGAAUGAGGAGAAAGAGCAAGCUGAUGUAGAGAAUGAGGAGAAAGAGCAAGCUGAUGUAGAGAAUGAGGAGAAAGAGCAAGCUGAUGUAGAGAAUGAGGAGAAAGAGCAAGCUGAUGUAGAGAAUGAGGAGAAAGAGCAAGCUGAUGUAGAGAAUGAGGAGAAAGAGAAAGCUGAUGUAGAGAAUGAGGAGCGAGAGAAGGAAGACGAGGAGUUGUAACGAGAAGACAA